GCACCACAAUACAACACAACCCAAAGCCAAAAUAAAUAAAUAAAUCCCCCACACCAAAAACACCCCCAAAUUAACAAUCCAGCAUGGCAGUCAACGUGUUCGGAAAUCCGGUGACCGACGACACGGUUCGGCUCAUUUUUCCAAACAUUAUUAACCCCACGCCCGUGAACCGUGCUGAAGCGGCCCUUCACUACAUGAAUGCCGAGAAUAAAGCCGAUAACGCAAGCACUUUUGUGCACAACACCAAAGAGGCCUACGGCAACGGAACCUCUACGCUUGGAAUGUUUUACAAUGCCACCGGUGGGCCCCUCUACCUCCAACUCACUCACGACUGGGAAGGUAGCGUGUGGCGCUCUCCUAUCCCUCAGGUCGUCCAAAACGGCCAAUGGGCCGCAUUUCUACACGUCCGUUAUAACCUCAUGGGCGCGUCUAAGGCAGCUAUGGUCUACCGUGGCCAAAUCAAUAACGGGCUUAACCGCGAUUGGAUGAUAUGCUUCAACACGUCCCGUCGCCACUUCCAGAACCGCGUGUACGCGGAAAUCCGCGUGCAAGGCGGUUUCAAUUCCGUCAACUGGGGCACCAUCUCCAAUAAUAUGGAGAGGCAGGAGAAUAAUUUUACCGCUACCCAAAAUGGUGGCGCUGCUCGGGUGUCGAUUGGUUCGGGAAGUUCACCUGAGUUUGUGGGUAUAAUGACGUUAGAAGGUGUGACCCCGAGAGCUAUGGAGUUGGCCGAUAAUAUUAGUGCAAUCUCACCAUCGCUCGACUCCAAAUACGACGAGACUGAUGCCACUGCAGAGGGUGAAGAGGGUGACACACCAGCUGCUCCUACUACUGCUGCUGAUACUACUGCUCCUACUGCUACUACUACUGAGUAAUUGGGCUUUAUUGGAAUUAAUAAUUAAUUACUACUAUAUAUAUAUAUCCCCAAAUAAAAUAAUAACAAUAAUAAUAAUGAAAUAAAGCCAAGUGCAUGGCUAUUUGUUUGAAUUGCCUAAGUUGUUUAAAGGGGAGAUGGUAGUGUUGGGUGUGUUUGAUGAACAAUGUGGUUUGUGUUGUGUAAUUUCAAUCAUUGCUUGUGGUAAUAAAAUGUGAAGUGUUGUGUGUUGUAAUUGUUUAAGUUAUUUCUUUUUUCUUUUUCAUCUAAGAUUUGGGUUAGAUAUACCAUAUUUAAGGACAAAUUUUCUCAAUUUUGUCCGCCAUGCACACAAUUUCUGUAUUGGUAUCUCCUCGUAUAUUGAAUAAAUAAACGUGAUUUGAUACAUUGAAAAUAAAGAUUAAAU